AUGUUUUUGGUGCAGAAAAGGCUCUUUUGCCUUCUCUCAUGUAACAAGUCCACCAUCCAUGUUUCCUCCUAUCAACUCUGCAGUCUGUUUAGAUUUUCCACUGCCGAAGAGCACAGUUCAAAUCAUGGAUCAAACUUUACGUUGGUCGACCCCCUUGAGUCAUGUGAACUUUCCUCAAAAGAGGCUGCAAAAAGGGCCAAGGAUCGCAUCUGUGAAAAAGAACUUUCAAGUUCAAGUCCUUCCAUUGAGUUCUUCAAGCAGAGCGGUUGGAGUGAUGCACUAGUCAUGAAGCUUUUGCAGAGGGAACCCAGGUUGUUGCUCGCUAAUGUAGAGACUGCCCUGAAGCCCAGGAUGAGAUCUUUGCAGGACAUGGGAUUUUCUGACACUGAAAUAAUUCAGCUGGUUUCAUCAUGUCCUACUCUGCUCCGUUUAAGUGAUAUCCAACCAAGGAUCAACUUCUGGAGGUCACUUCUUGGUUCUAAUGAGAGGUUAAUUAAAGCCAGCAGGAGGAACAUGUUUCUCCUUACUUCUAGCUUGGCUCAAAAGAUUGAGCCCAAUAUAUCUCUCUUGAGGGAAUGUGGCAUCAGUGAGCAAUGCAUCACGCAGAUGCUGGUGGUAGUACCGAGUUUUUUUUGUCGAAAGAACAAUUGUGUCAAUGAAUCUAUCAAACGUGUUGAGGAGUUGGGUGUGUCACGUGACUGUAAAAUGUGCCCUCAGGCACUUUUAACAGUCAUGACCCUCAGCUGGUCCAGGUUUCAUGCUACUUUUGAAACCCUGAUGAGCUUUGGGUGGUCCCAACCAGACAGCAUUGCUGCAUUCAGUAGGUAUCCAGUCAUUUGGAAUUACUCAAAGAAGAACUUAUCUGACAAGAUGACAUUCCUGAUGAAGGAAGCUGGUUGUGAGCUGACAUAUAUCGUUGGUCAUCCCAUGCUUCUUACAUAUAGCUUGGAGAAGAGGUUGAGACCUCGAUAUGAAGUUAUGAAUUUUCUUGAUCAGAAUAAAUUGCUGGAUAAAGGACAUGACCUGCUAUCUGUCAUCCUGCUAUCUGAAGAGAAGUUCAGAAACAAAUUCCUUUUCCUGCUACGCAAGGAGAAAUUUAUUGCUCAAUAUGAUUCCUAUGUUGUUGCUGUGCAGGGAAAGCACGAUGUUGUUGCGGUAACCUAG